AUGGGCGUGUGGAUCGUCUGUUGUGCAUGGAUCUACACCUUCUGGAUCCCAAAGAUCCUGGUCAUUGAGCCCCAUAUGGAGAAUUCCUUCCAAGGAACAAGCGACUUCGACGUCUGGGAAACCGGAUUUGUAUCCGUACGAUGCCGUGGCGCUCUGUCCGCAAGGGAGGGCCUAUUCCAGAUUCAUCGGGAUUACGACUAUCAACAAGGUCGAAGCGACGCCAAGGGGUCUAGACACGGUUGA